AUGUUUAGGAAAAACUUCAGUUUUAAAGCAGAACAUUUUUCAAAUUCUCAACAAGAAAAUUUCCUACGCACUCUUUUAUCGGAGAUAUUGUUAAAAGCUCAGGUGGAACGCUGUUAUGUUAUUAUAUCCGAUGAGUGGUAUAGCACCAUUUACGAUCACAAUUUCUUUAAAUAUUCUCGCAAUCCGGACGAAUUUUACUUACGUAUUAAAGACACGGAGGAUUUAAAGGCACCCAACUAUAAUACCGUAAGAGUGCUGAAACAGAUAAGGGCCUUCAAUUGUGAUUUACAUUUUAUUACUUUACUAAAUGGCAUACAAGUUAAACGUCUAUUGCUAUUUCUGGAAAACUAUCGUAUUCUGAAUACUAAACGAAGAUUUGUAUUUAUACACGAUGAUCGUUUAUUUGAAGAUGAUAUGUAUCGUGUUUGGAGUAAUAUGAUUUUUUCGUUAUUCAUAAAACCUCAGGAGGAUGGAGAAAGUUUUAUGAUUUCAAAUAUUGCUUUUCCUAAUAUUUUACUGAAUGGAGCUAUAAUUCCGAAACAAAUUUUUGUGUGGUUUAAGGGGAAGUCUCUAAAGAAAGUUAAGUUAUUUGCCAAUACACCAGGCAAUUACAAGGUUUAAAAUUUACCAGUGGCUGUGUUCGAGCACAUACCCAUGAUAACAUUUAACAGCAACAAUAACUCAGAUACUAAAUAUAAAGGUGUUGAGAUUGAAAUUGUUACAGCACUCGGUAAAGCUAUGAAAUUCAGGCCAUCGUUUUAUGAAAGCCCAAAUAGCCAGCAAGAACGCUGGGGAAGACAAUUAGCAAAUGGCACAUAUACAGGAUUAAUAGGACAAUUGAGUUCGAAUUCCGCCAUAAUUGCUAUUGGGGAUCUACAUAUUUUCAAUGCCUUCAGCUCUAUCAUUGACUUUAGCAAUCCCCACAGCUAUGAAUGUUUAACAUUUUUAACACCCGAAUCUUCACAGGAUAAUUCAUGGAGAACUUUUAUACAACCAUUUAGUGGCAGUAUGUGGGCUGGUGUUCUACUAUCUCUAUUUCUAGUGGGAACACUUUUUUACAUUUUAUCCUUUCUACAUGCUUUACUGAUGCGCAAGAAAUCAUCACGCUUUGGCUCUAGAAGGUUUUUUAAACUAUUUCGUCGGCGUAAAAGUGAAGGACGCAUAACGAUAAAUAAUUUUCGUGAUGUACGAUUUCGCAGUUAUCUUAAUCAAAUGGCGGUGUUGGUAAAAUCUGAAGAUUUAUUUGAUAAUUUCGAAAAUUGUAUACUCUUAACGUAUUCGAUGUUAAUGUAUGUCUCACUGCCACGAAUGCCGCGUAAUUGGCCUUUACGUGUUUUGACUGGUUGGUAUUGGUUAUAUUGCAUUUUGAUAACUGUAAGCUAUAGGGCUAGUUUUACCGCAAUAUUGGCUAAUCCGGCACCACGUAUAACUAUAGACUCUUUAGAGGAAUUAAUGCAAAGUCGUUUGACAUUAACGGUGGGUUCUAUGGAAAAUAAAAAACUAUUCGAUCAUGCAUUUGAUGAGAUUCUAAAGCAAUUGGGCACAAAAACGGUGGUAGUAAAUGAUAUCAGUGAUAUAACCACCAAAAUAGCUAAAGGAGGUUAUGCCUAUUAUGAUAAUCAUUAUUUUCUAAAGCAUUUACGUUUAGAGGAGGCCUCAUCCCAUAAAGAAGGUGACGUUUUACACAUUAUGCGCGAUUGUGUGGUAAAAAUGCCUGUAGCUUUGGGUUUAAACCGUAAUUCUCCUUUAAAACCUUCUAUUGAUAAAUACUUACAACGUUUAAUGGAAUCGGGCUUAUUGGCUAAAUGGCUUCAGGAUACCGUUCAGCAUUUUUCAACUGAAGAUGUAAUGCCGCCAGAGGCUUUAAUUGAUUUGCGUAAAUUUUGGGGUUCAUUUGUUCCACUGGCAGUUGGUUAUUUUUGCAGUUUUAUAGCGGUAUUAUUUGAGCACUGGCAUUUUCGUUAUGUGAUUUGUAAGCAUCCUCUUUAUGAAAGAUGCAACCCAAAAUUAUAUUACAAUUUUAAGAGGAAAUAUCCCGAUAAUUAA